AUGGAGCUAGAUAAACACCAAAAUGACAGCACCUCUCAAAGCAACUUCCUUUCAAAGUUAAACAUACAGGGGAAGGACCACAUCUUGUCGGACAUUAGCGAGGACUUUUUAAUGGCACUCAUAUACAUCAGCCUCUUCAUGUUCACGUGCUAUAUUCUGCUUUCCAUGAGUUACUACCUGUCCGUUAAUAAGAAAAAGAAGGACAUGUACGACUCCAUUGGAGCGGUCUACUUCGAUCAAAAGCUGAUAAAAAAAUCGGAGGAACUAAAAAGGUACGCAUGGGAAAACUGGAUGGCCCGCUUAGAAUUAGACUGGAAGCAUUUUGACAACUCUAUUAAAAGUAAAAAAGAAAAAUGGCUAGAAGAAAGAGUGCAUUCCUGGGAAGAAUGGCUCAAACAAAUUGAAGACAAGUGGGAGCAUUACAAUGCUCAUAUGGAUAUGUCCUAUAAAUUUUAUAUUUUCAAAAUAUCAUCUGCAUGGAAUCAAUCCCACUGGGAACAGUGGGCGAAGGCAGAGUUAAAAUACUUUAUCGAUAGAGAAUGGCACAACUGGGUCUACCAAAAUGAACAGCAUUUAAAUAAUUGGAUUACGAAUGAAUGGUCUGAAUGGAAGAACCACAUAAUUGCCGCUUGGUUAACCAAAAAUUGGAAACUCAGUGAAAACGCAUACUGGGAAAAAAUGGCAAAGAAAAAGUGGGUCAAGUCUCUAUUCAGAGUGGUCCGAAAAAACUGGCUCAAAUGGAAGGAGCGAAUUGAUAGGGAAUUCCAGCAGUGGGAUGAAUGGGUCGUUGGAAAGCAACAUUUAUACACGAACAAUCACGAAUGGGAUGCGUGGGUUAAAUGGAAGACAGACAAAUACGCCUUGGUCAAAGAGGUGAGGAAAUCCUUUGUCACAAAGUGGGUCACGGAGAAGCAGUGGAGGGCCUGGGUUGAGGAAAGGCACAAUUUGAUUCAGCAAGAAAAGUAUCGAAUGGGCAUUUGGGGAGACCCGCAGAUGGGGAGGACGGUGCCUACCUGGGGGGGUGGGCCGUCAACCGUCUAA